AUGACCGAACUGAAUGGAGGAUGGAGGAGGAUGGACCAGUCGAAACUGCUCAGCUUCAUCUCAAUCAACUUCGCGACAUGUGGGGGCGCGUUCUCAGUACCUCUCAACACGUACAGUAGAACCAUGCGACAGACCCAACAACAACACAAUAUCAUCUUCUUGGAAUCCGGUCAAGGCGUUGGGACUUACUUCAUGGGGAAGCAGAAAUUUUCAGAAUCUCAAGUUGGCUGGAAUUUGAUUCUGUGGGGAUCUUCGGAUAACCCAAGGCGUACUUUACGUGUUGACCAGCGAGACCACAGUGAUCCUGUGUUUCGUCAAUUCGAUAAAUGUUCUGUCGAGGGAAAAACUGAAAUUGAUGUCGUUGCUCUGUCACCAGCACCUUCGCAGAACUCAUACAGCAGCAGUCAGAACGAGAAGAAGUACUUCUGUCAGCGAUGUCUGAAUCAUGACUUGCAGUUCCCAAGGAAGGGACAUAAACCAGUUUGCAAAUAUGCAAAUUGUACAUGCAGUGACUGUAUAAUGGUUGAGCAGCGUCGACAGCUGAACAACAUGCUCAGCAAGUCGAAGUUGGCCGAAUCGCCCAGAGAGACAGUGAACGGGCGCCGAGUUCGCGAUCCGCAAUGCGCCCGGUGUCGCCAGCACGGCUUCCGCGUUCCUCUUCGGGGCCACAAGCGGGUGCUCUGCCAGUUCUCCACUUGCAAAUGUGAGAUGUGCGAACUCGUUGAAGAUAGACGAUCAUUGAUGGCAAAACAGAUAAAACUUCGGCGCGAUCAACAACGGCAGAGGAACAGCAUCGACGGUAGGCACAGCUCGGAUAGUACUGGAGACCACGAGUUGACGGCAACUGCUAAGGUAGUGUCCGUCCCUAGAAAUCGUCGCAAACGAACUGAGUUUGAUUUUAAAGUUUAG